CCGACGACAUUCAGCACUCAUCAAAAUCCGAAGAGGCAAACCCGAAACACGGCCUUCCCUUUUUUCUUCUUCUUCAACGUCCUUUCCUUGUAGCUUCUUCAACGAAGAAUAAUUUGGCCGAGGAUUGGCUUCGAGAGUGCUUUUCACAGAAAGGAGAAAUCUGAGAAUCGAAGCUCAUGUGCACUAAGUAUUUACAAAUAGUUUUAAUUGAUAAAGUUUUUAUUUUUAGAAUUGAAGAAACUUUUAUAGAUUAAUUUUUAUGAAUUUUUGUUUUCAGAGACGGUAAGAGCAGCUAAUUUUGCUUUAUUACAUAUAUUUAUGAGGUCUAUGCAAUUUUUUGUUCUUUAAUUAAAUUUGUUUAGAAAAGAUAGCUAUAGCUUUAUUCCUGAAAUUGAGAACAUAAAAUACUGAAUUGUUUGUUUGUAUUUUCUUAUUAAAGGAGUAGAUCGGUUGUGCAAAGUUUGCUCUUUGAGUUCUUGUGUCCCUCUUUCACCUAAAUCAAGGUUCAAACUUGAGUUCUCCAAUUUAGAAUUUAAAAUUCUAAAUCAUUGAGCUAUCCCUUGGGGGUUACAAGCCCAUAUGCUGAACCUGAAACUAAUGCUGCAUUUUAAGAAACAUAAAAUUUAAGAUGCUGAUGAUGGAACUUGGAAUGUAAAGAGUACUUCCCUUUUGCUUGAUUUCAAAAUGCCAGUGUAUCGGCAUCCAGAACUGUGUGUCUUACAUGAAAUGAUGUAAUCCUAGCUUGGUGUUGCGCACUUAUUUAUGCAUAUUGUCUUAAAAGUUAACGUUUCUAAAUACAUAGUUGAACUAUUGCUGGUGUCUGCUUGUAGAAGAAUCAUGGAAAGUACAACAUUGAACAUAAAAAUUGGGACUUUUUUUAGGUAAAUGAAUUUUUUAUUAUUCCCCUAAUGUUGUCUUGGGUUGCAAACAUUGUUUAUUCGUCAGCUGUCCAGGAGACCAAUUUCCGAUGGCAAAAUUGUACAACUUAUUGCAAAAUUUCAGCUAACUCAUAUAGGGAAACGAACACAUUACUGGACACUGAAUUUGGCUUUAAAUUUGGGAAGCAACAUGCCUCAUUUUCUCUCUUUCAGAUUGCUUGCAAAGUUGGAGAUCCAAGUGCUUAUCAACCAUGAGUCAGUAUUCCUCAAAGAAACAAAACUCAUAGUGCUAAAAGUUCAGGCCUUGAUGGUGCUAAAGGAGAGAAAAAGAGUCUCAACAACAGCGGAAUGAUGACCCUCAGCUUCAAGAAUUUCUUGAAGUUAUGCAGCCAAGGGUUAAGUAAAACACGUGGGCAAAUGACAGGAUAAUUUCACCUUCAGCAAAACAAAUGAGCAAAGUUACUGAGAAGGAAACGGUGGGAAAGAAGGCAAAAAGAAGUCUGUUCCAGAGGAUGUUGAGCUAAAUUAAAGCCAACGUAACAUUGAAGAGUAAUGCAUCUAAAAAAUCACUGAAUCUUGCUCAUGAUGAUGUCAUUUCAGACAUGGAGUAUUUCAAAAGCAGAGUGAAGAAAGAUUGGUCAGACUCAGAAAGUGAUGAUGAUGUUAGUAGUAGUGAGCAGAAAUUGAUACUGAGAAUGAGGAUGCUCGUGGAAAAAGUGAUGAUGAAGGUGAUUCUCUUGAGGAAAGUCUCCAGGGACAGGAUUUUGAUAAAGAUCAUAAAGGAAGAAACAUGAUUGCCUCUCAGAGGAUGUAGCUGAAGCAGAGGCUGAAGAAGGUCCUUCAGAAGAUGGUUACAGCAAAAUUCUUGACCCAGGGAACCCAUAAUCAACUUUGAAAGAUAAUAAUGAUGAGCUGGAAGAGCUCUUCAGCAAAUUUGGCAAUGUCUCACAGGUCCAUCAAGUUGUUGAUAGCGAUAUAAAAUGAUCCAAGGGAAUUGCUUACGUCCUUUACACUGUUCCAGAAUCCGCAGCGAGUUGUAUUCCAAGGCACAAACCUCUUCGGUUUCUCCAUCAGAAUCAUUUUCCAUAUCCUAUCUGUAAAAUUUCACAUGCAAGAUGAAUGAAAGUCAAAAAAGUGUCUUCUGCACUAUUCUGUCACCAAAUGGAUAUGGAUUUAGUCUUCUUUUAUGGAGAAUUUUGGGGUUCCUUAGAAAUGUUUCAGUUCUUUUGUGAAGAAAGGGAUGCUCCAUUAUACUUGGAGUGGGCUCCUGGUGAUAUUCUUAGUCAGAAGUCCACUUCAGACUAUGGAAGCUGUUGGAGAACGUGAUGCCAGAAGGGCAAUUCUGGAGCAACGUGUGGGACAGCGGGAGGAAAUUUUUGAAUAUGGAUACUGAUCCUGAUAGAGUUGAGGUACCAAAACAUAAUAACCCUUAAAAUCAUUAAAUAUGCAACAUACAUGUAUCACGAUAUUAGUGGUCUACAGUAAACUUAGGUUAGCUGAAAGGAACUCUAUAUCAUCUCAGGUACAAUAACCUGCAUAUUUUCCUUUAUUUUUGGCAUCAAUAUAAUUAAAUAUGCAAA